AUGAUUGUGGGCCGAAUCUUUUGCGCCGAAAUGGGCAUUGAAAAUAACGAGCGUGGUCCUGAUGUCGCGUACACGUGUGUCUUUCUAGUGGCUGGUGCAGCCAUUGCCUACUGGAUCGAUUUCGGUUUCACUAGGAUGGACAAUCAAAUCUCUUGGCGCAUUCCCAUCGGACUUCAGAUCCUGUUUGCCGUUUGCGCAGGCGGUCUGACGCUAUUGCUUCCGGAUACACCACGAUGGUACUAUGCCCGGGGCCGCAUAGCAGAAGGAGACGAGACUCUAGGGAGACUUAUCGACGCACCGCUAGACGACCAUCGUGUUCAAAACAUGAAGCACGCCAUCCUCGCUAGCAUUGCUCUGGAAGAAGAGGACAAAGAUCGCGGAUUUAAGAUCCUCGACCUGUUUUGGGACCGCAGCGAUCUGCGCGUUGGUCGACGCAUUCGCAUCUCAUUCUUGAUUCUCGCGAUCCAACAGAUGAUGGGUAAGAUUGGCUGGCACCAGAUCAGACACCAACUCAAAUUUACAGUCAUCUUUUCGCAAGUUGGCUUAUCCCCCUUCAUGGCUCAGCUGCUAGCUGCCCUCAUGAACACACUAUUCGCAGCUGGCACGAUACCACUUGUAUUCACAAUCGAAAGGUUUGGACGACGUAACAUUAUGAUGUACUCCGCCGUCGCCCUUACCAUUUGCAUGGUUAUCUUUGUUACCAUGAUCGGACUUCCUCACCGUACAAACGCAACUCAGUGGACGGCAGUCGCAGCUAUUUUUGUUUACAACACUAUCUUCGGGUAUGGAUGGAUUGGAGUUUGCUGGCUGUAUGGUCCCGAGAUCGCCCCUCUUAAACUCCGUCACGCCGGCGCUGCCGCUGGAGCUUUUGGCGAAUGGCUAUUUUCCUUCAUCACCGUCUUUGCAGGUGGAAUUGCCCUCCAGAAUGUUGGUUGGAAGAUUUGGAUAUGGAUGGCUCUUUCAUGCUUCUUGGCCAUCUUUUUCGUAUACUUCGCAUGCCCAGAGACAUCUGGAAAGACUCUGGAGGAAAUUGACAUUAUUUUCGCCAAAGAUGAGGUCAAACAUAGUUUGCUCGCCCAGACCGUCAUUUCCGAGAGCCGUCACAACGAGAAGGAUAAUGAGUCUCCCGUGUGCGUCGAAGAAGCUUAG